UGGGAGUUGUAGUUUAGGGCCCGAAAACGCUUGGCGAGCCGGAGGGGGGGGCGGGGGUGUCCUGAUCUCUGUUGGGGUGCCGAAGAAAGGCCCCGAGGUCCGAGCCUCCCCGGAGCCGUGGCUUUGCUUGGGGAGUCGGAGGCAGCAGAGCCGGAGACGCCACGGUUGUCAGUUGGCUCCAAGAACCGUGUAGGAGAAAGAGGCUGAUUCCCAAAACGGCCAUGACUAAAAGAGAAGCAGAAGAGCUGAUAGAAAUUGAAAUUGAUGGAACAGAGAAACAAGAAUGCACAGAAGAAAGCAUUGUAGAGCAGACCUACACUCCUGCAGAAUGUGUGAGUCAGGCCAUAGACAUCAAUGAACCAAUAGGGAAUCUUAAGAAACUACUAGAACGAAGACUUCAGUGUUCAUUGGAUGCACAUGAAAUUUGCCUGCAAGAUAUUCAGUUGGAUCCAGACAGAAGUUUAUUUGAUCAAGGAGUAAAGACUGAUGGAACUGUUCAACUUAGUGUACAAGUCAUCUCUUAUCAAGGGAUAGAGCCCAAGUUAAAUAUCCUUGAAAUUGUUAAACCUGCUGAAACUGUUGAAGUUGUUAUUGACCCAGAUGCCCAUCAUGCGGAAGCUGAAGCACACCUUGUGGAGGAAGCUCAAGUAAUAACCCUUGAUGGCACUAAACAUAUUGCAACAAUUUCAGAUGAAACCUCAGAACAAGUUACACGAUGGGCUGCUGCACUUGAAGGCUAUAGAAAAGAACAAGAACGUCUUGGAAUACCCUAUGAUCCCAUACAGUGGUCAACAGACCAAGUCCUCCAUUGGGUAGUUUGGGUAAUGAAAGAAUUCAGUAUGACUGAUAUAGAUCUACCUACACUAAGCAUUUCAGGAAGAGAAUUAUGUAGCCUCAACCAGGAAGAUUUUUUCCAAAGAGUCCCACGAGGAGAAAUUCUAUGGAGUCAUCUGGAACUGCUUCGAAAAUAUGUAUUGGCUAGCCAAGAACAACACAUGGGUGAAAUAGCAACAGUUACUAUUGAUCAACCUGUUCAGAUUAUACCAGCAUCAGUACAACCCACUACACCAACCACCAUUAAAGUUAUAAACAGUAGUGCAAAAACAGCAAAAGUACAAAGAGCACCACGAAUUUCUGGAGAGGAUAGAAGUUCACCUGGAAACAGAACUGGAAAUAAUGGACAAAUUCAACUAUGGCAGUUUUUAUUGGAACUUCUUACUGACAAAGAUGCUCGAGACUGCAUUUCUUGGGUUGGAGACGAAGGAGAGUUUAAGCUAAAUCAACCUGAAUUGGUGGCACAAAAAUGGGGACAACGAAAAAAUAAGCCUACUAUGAACUAUGAGAAACUUAGUCGGGCUUUAAGGUAUUACUAUGAUGGCGACAUGAUCUGUAAAGUACAAGGCAAGAGGUUUGUGUACAAAUUUGUUUGUGAUUUGAAGACUCUUAUUGGAUACAGUGCAGCAGAGUUGAACCGUUUGGUUACAGAGUGUGAACAAAAGAAACUUGCAAAGAUGCAGCUCCAUGGCAUUGCACAACCAGUCACAGCAGUUGCAUUAGCUACUGCUUCUCUGCAAACAGAAAAAGAUAAUUGAACCCAGGACCUUAUAGGA